AUAUUGUAAAGGUGUCCAAGCUUGAGGCUUUGGGUGUGGAGACGGCCAUUUUAUCCUUUGACAGUCAAAAGGCCAGCUUAGAGGUCUUUGAAAUGAGUAGCAAGGAAGCCACUGUGUUCCUUGAUUCAACGGACACAGUGAACAGUUUUGCACUGCAUUUCAAAGCCAGCUCCUCAGCCGCAACACCCACUACUAAAGAUCCCAUCAUUGUGCUUUUGAAAAAAGUGCAAGAUCUUUUCAACCAGAGAUAUAAGGAGGCCGGAGGUACUGGAAGGCUCCCCUACCAGUCCCUUGUGAAUAACAGUGCAACGAUCAAAGUUGCUGGGCUGCCCACUGGACUUGACAUCAAGAAGCCCUCCUUUUACGGAAGAAACCAAUUAGAGGCCAUUUUGGCAGCUGCUGAGCAAAUUUCAUUUGAAAUAAAUACAGCACAAUGCAACCCCAAUGACAUGGCACAGGGAAUGUCCGAGCGCAUGGACGCCGAAGAAUACAAAAAUGCACGUCCCUGUACAGGACAUCAUGGACCAAUUCCAGUCCAUGAUGUCCUGUACGGGGACGUUAAUGGACAAGGCCAAGUCCAGAGAAGUUACCGUAGACCUCGGUGUGAGUGCUCUCCCUGGAGGAGUGAAGUUUCCCGACAGUGCCGGAGCAUUUCAUUAUGGCGAGAGCGGGAAGCUGCUGUCUGUCCCAGCAACAGAUUAAUUCACUGGUGUACAUCCGGGGACUCGGUGCAGCUGGUGGAGCAGUCUCUGGACACCAACCUGCUGAACAACGCGGUGAGACUGCGGCUGAGUCACUGCAGCGUUCUGCCCGGAGGAGUCCACAUCCAGGAGACGCUCAACAACGUCGUCAUCCUCGUCUCCACCAAUCGGAGCGUCCACAGGCUGCUGCUGCCGCACCCCUCACGCAUGUCCCGCAGCGAUCUGGUGACGGAGCUACACAUGCAGUCCAUCUUCACUGACGUGGGGAAGCUGACUCUGCAGGACGCCGCUCACAGCGCCGUCAUCCCCGGCUCGCUGAGUCCCAGCACCAGCACCGCCUGGCUCAGUCAGUCUGGAGAAACUCACUACGCUCUGGCUGCACCGGCCGGAGGCAUCGUGGUGCUCUCUCUGCCGCCGCACGGCACGCAAGGUAGCAUGUCGGUGGUGGAGCUGAAGAGGAGCUCCAGGAUGCCGACAGCGAUCCGUGGGGAUCAGAGUCCGUCUGACCGAGCGCUUAGUCUGGCUGUCGGAGAGCUGGAGGAAGACUGCUUCAUCUUCGCUUUGUGUCAGGAUCACAAGCUGCGCAUGUGGUCCUUCAGGGAGCAGGCGUGUGUGCUGGAGGCCGACAUGUUGGCCUACAUGCCGGCCUGUAAAGGCGUGAAGCGUAACCCUGGUAACGGCCACCGUCUGCGCCUGGCGUUCUCCCCGAACACGGGUCUGUGUCUCUGCGUCUACUUCGCCGUCCCUCAGAGGGGACAGUUCACCGUGCUGCAGCUGGUCGCCGCCGAUAACCGGCGCUACAGCCUCGAGCACAUCUCCUCCCUCUUCACCACACAGGAGACUCUGGUGGAUUUCUCUCUGACCCCGACAGACAUCUGGGGCGUCUGGGCGAACGAAUCCAACGCCUUCGUCGUCAAAUACAUCAACUUUGAGGAUCAGAAAAAACCUUCUGCAGCAGAAGCCAGACCUUAUCCCAACAUAUCUCCAACAAAGCUGGACCAAUGUGAUAAAGAGGAGGGUGUACUAAUGAUGAAAAUGUCAGUGCCAGAUGAGUCCAACACACCACUUGUUCGCAGGUCAAAGCGCUUGGCAGCAAAACGUCUUCAGAAUGGCUGUGGCCCUUUUACCCAGCCAGAGCUCCCCAAACGUCACCUGAGGCAUGGUGCAAGGAGGCAUGAGGACAGCAGAUGUGGCCAGGGCAAUACAUUGCAAUGUCCCUACUGUGAGACGCCAGACAGCACUACAGAGAGACAGGAAGCACAGCUGAUCGUCCUCGCAGUGGCAGGCCAGGUGUAA